GCCAGAUCCCGCGUAGCAAACAAGCACCGAUAAAAGGGCAAAGCGGCACCAUCCACUCCACCACUGCCACCCACCGCCUUCCCUCAUUUCUCUUUCUCUGCUCAUUUUUAGGGAUCUGAAACCGCCAUGAAUCGCCACCACGAUCCCAAUCCUUUCGAUGAAGAAGCCGUCAAUCCUUUCUCGAAAGGUGGUUCUGGUGCCGCUCCUGGAUCGAAGCUGCGAGUUCCACAAGUGGUAUCAGAUGCUCUGGGCUUUGGACAGAAGCAUGAUGCUACAGUGGAUAUACCGCUUGACACGAUGAACGAUCCGAAGAAGAAGGAGAAAGAGCUUGCUGCUUGGGAAGCAGAACUUAGUAGGAAAGAAAAGGAAAUCAAAAAGAGGGAAGAAGCUGUUUCUAGAGCUGGUGUCCCUGCUGACGACAGAAACUGGCCUCCAUUUUUUCCCAUUAUUCAUCAUGAUAUAGCCAAUGAAAUACCAGUACAUGCUCAGAAGUUGCAGUACUUGGCUUUUGCUAGCUGGCUAGGUAUAGUGUUGUGCCUGGUCUUCAAUGUAAUUGCUAUAACCGUCAAUUGGAUAAGAGGCGGGGGAGUCAUAAUCUUUCUCCUUGCUGUAAUAUACUCCAUACUUGGAGUUCCUCUUUCAUAUGUGCUGUGGUAUAGGCCUCUGUACCGUGCUAUGAGGACAGAUAGUGCCUUGAAGUUUGGUUGGUUCUUCCUGUUCUACUUGAUACAUAUUGGAUUUUGUAUUUUUGCUGCCAUUGCACCCCCAGUUGUGUUCCAUGGGCAGUCAUUGACGGGCAUCUUAGCAGCAAUUGACGUCUUCUCUGCCCAUGUUUUGGUUGGGAUAUUCUACCUCAUUGGAUUUGGCUUUUUUUGCUUGGAAUCGCUCCUUAGUUUGUGGGUCCUUCAGAAAACCUACUUGUAUUUUAGGGGAAACAAGUGAGAGAGAUUAAGCAACGGUUGCAACGUUGUGGCGUUUGGGCAUCGUUUCGGUCAGUCAUUGUAUUUUAGAACGUUGGUUGGUGGUUCGUUUGUGAGGUGAGAGAAAGAUGUGGAUUCUAAAAUUGUUUAUUGUUGAUGGGUGAUAUAAGGUAUAUAGUUUUGCGCCAAAUCUAUCUGGCGAUGCAAAAAUAUUAGAUAGUCUGUUUUGGUUUUGUUUUUGAGCUACAGAUAUAUAGCUUAGAACUUAGAAGCAUCUAUCUGGUGCGGUGAGGUGCAGUGGAGUUGGGGUGUACCAUUUUCUCCCUUCCUAAACUCUCUCUUCUGUCUCAUGCA